CUGAACGGUACAGUGGACCUGGCUGGGCUCCUUCCAGGAGGGGCGCGGCCAGGGCUCACACCUGCAGAGGUGUGCGCACGGCGCCUCCUCCCUGCUGCGCACAGCAGAGCCGUAGGAGCCCGCCGCGUCUACGGAGAGUCUUUAUCCGGCUUUCCAGAGGACGACUUAAAUAUGAUGCACUUCCUGCUGCUGUUCAGCCGGCAGGGGAAGCUGAGACUCCAAAAAUGGUUCACGCCCAUAACAGAGAGGGAGAAGAAGAAGGUGAUCCGGGAAAUGACGGCCUUAGUUCUGGCCCGUCCGCAGCGGACCUGCAAUUUCCUCCAGUGGAGGGACUUCAAGAUCAUUUACAAGAGGUGCUUCCUCUCCCGAGCUGGAUUCCCACCCUUCCCAUAUUUGGUCGUGCUUUUUGCUCCACGUCUGAAUCCCGAUCUCACGUCCUUACGGUAUGCCAGCCUGUAUUUCUGCUCCGCUCUGACGGAUCAGGAAAACGAGCUGCUCGCUCUGGAAGUGCUGCACAGAUACGUGGAGCUUCUGGACAGGUACUUCGGUAAUGUGUGUGAGCUGGACAUCAUCUUCAACUUUGAGAAGGCCUACUUCAUCCUGGACGAGUUCCUGAUGAGCGGAGAAAUCUUAGAAACCUCUAAGGUUGCGGUGGGUGUGUCGAUGGAGGAGGGCGACGCUCUCCAGGAGACCAUGGAGGAGUACAUGAGCAAACCUGCCUACUGA